CACAAAAAGAGAGAGACUGAGACAAAGAUGGCGGGAGGAAGAAAAAGAACAACUUCAAAUGAAAACUCAUUUCUAAAUCACAUGAAGUCAUCACAUUAUUUAUUGUUGUUUGGAUUUCUAUUGUGUUUAUUUGUUUAUUUAUCUGCUCUACUCUUUGACUUACUACUUGUCGCUGUAACACCCAAAUAUGCUACACAGGGGAUAAAUAAAGUUUUAUCUAAUUAAUAUUCUAUGUUCCAUAAUUGUUGUUGAGAUUUCACGUACUGUUGAAUUUGCAAGACAUGAUGUCAUAUUAUAUUUCAUUUUACAUAUUUGUUCUGUUGAAUGUUUUAUAAGAAAAACAAGUUUGUAAGGCCUCAACAAUCCAUGCACUUCCACGUUUUGUUGUAUACCACUGGACCAAUGUUGAUCCAAUUCAAAUAAAGGUAUUUUAACACAAUUAUGGGAAAACAUUUGAAUCCUAUAAAAGCCAAAUGAAUUUAAUUUAAAUUGUAACACAGUGUUUCAUCAACAAAUAUAUGUGUUAUUCUAAAAACACAACUCAGCUAACAAAAAUUCAGCCCUGUCAAACUAGCAACAUAUUUAUGGAAAAUCUCAAAACUAUAGUUUUGUUUUUUCAAACUUUGAUGGAAGCUCUUUAACUCUCUUGUCUCUUGGGUUUAAAACAGCAGUCAAGCCUUUUGGAAAACUACUGUCAAGGUUGCAACAAUGCUGCUUAUCUUCAGUCAUGCAAAACACCCAACAGCAACAGCAUGUUAAGGCUAUUGUAAAAAUCCUGAGAGUGGAUUAAUGCAUCAGAUUAUUUUGUCAGUUUCCACUUUUAUAAUCCUUCUAACUUCAUCAUGGAGGCACUACAAUUCUAAAAUUCUCCAAAUCUAAGUUACCGGAAUUACAACAAAAAUGCUGUGCAUGACCACAUUUAUCUUUAUGUAGUUAUUGACAUGUUCUAUAUGUUACAUAGCUAAGUUGUGCAAUGCAUUGGUGCAAAAAAAAAGUGUAAUUUUCAGGCAGUGGAGCAGGUGUUACCUCACAGUUGCACAACAACUGGAUAAAGGCAAACGCUCCUCCCUGACCUCCAGGGUAUUCUCUAAAUACUAUGCUGUAUUAAAAGACUCUUGGUGUCGGAUUGUCAUUAUUAAGACAUCUCUAACUUACAGUCAGCACUGCAAGAAUGGGAAAGGUUCAUCUGGAGGACAACGAUACCAAAGAAAAGAAAACUGAAUUUAGCUUGGUACGGGUCAAAGGUACAUGGAGGAGCACAAUGGGAAAGAAAGACAAUAAGGACACCGCUGACUGUGUCUCUGCUGCAAAACUCUAUGAGAGCAUCACAGAAAAGUGCACCACUUGGACAGUGGUCAGCCCCAUCGUCUUUACUUACAAGGUAACCGAGACUCAGGACUUGCUGGACCCAAGCAACGACACCCUCCUGUUGGGCCACAUCUCUGAGCCGCAAGAGCUGGAGGACAUUAAAAAAUCAAACAAACCAAUCAAACGCUUUGUGGUUGUUGACCAAGAAGUCUACAAAAUUUACGGUCCCAAGCUAACUGAAUAUUUAGAUGCAUACAAUGUCCUAUACAAGAUCUUGGCUCUACCCACCAGUGAGGAGAACAAAUCCAUGGAAAUGGCCUUAAAGAUCCUUGAAGAGGUCAACAGCUUCUCCCUUGACCGCCGUACAGAGCCCAUCAUUGCCAUUGGUGGAGGGGUAUGCCUGGACAUAGUGGGCCUGGCUGCCUCACUCUACAGAAGACGUACCCCUUACAUCAGGGUCCCAACUACACUGCUCUCCUACAUCGAUGCCAGCGUGGGGGCAAAGACAGGGGUUAACUUUGCAAACUGUAAGAAUAAGUUGGGUACCUACAUUCCACCCACCGCUGCCUUCCUUGACCUGUCCUUCAUAAAAACUGUUCCUCGACGGCACAUCGCCAAUGGGCUGGCAGAGAUGUUAAAGAUGGCUUUGAUGAAAGACAAAGGCCUCUUUGAGCUUCUUGAGGAACACGGCUGUAUGCUGUUGGACACUAAAUUCCAGGUUGACAACAGUGUAUACGGACGCAAGCGCUUGCAGCCUGCUUCACAAGCUACUCAUAUAGCCAUUAUGACCAUGCUGGAGGAGCUUGCUCCAAAUCUUUGGGAGGAUGACCUAAACAGACUUGUGGACUUUGGCCACCUUAUCAGUCCAGCAUUAGAGAUGAAAGUUCUCCCAUCUUUGUUGCAUGGCGAGGCAGUGAACAUUGAUAUGUCGUACAUGGUUUACGUGUCCAACGAGAUUGGUCUAUUGACAGAAGAGGAAAAGCAAAGGGUCAUCACUUGCAUGGUGGGCAUGGAGCUGCCUGUCUGGCAUGAGGGGUGUACCAUGGAGCUCAUACAGAAGUCUCUGCAGGACAGGCUGGCUCAUUCUGGAGGCCUGGUCAGAAUGCCUCUCCCUGUUGGUCUUGGGCAAGCAGAAAUUUUUAACAACACAUCUUGUGAGAUCCUGCAUAGAGCUUACGAAAAAUGGUGUGAUGAGCUGAGCAUCUCUCCUGACAGCAGCUGUGACCCUUAACCUCCCCAUACCACAGCUGCAUCAGUUCGAUAUGUUUUUAGAAGAAUAUGUUUACAUUAUUGUUCAAAGGACAAAUGCGGGGUAACUAUUAGCACUUGUAUAUGCUACAUGUUCUGCAGGCUUCAUUCAUGCUCAUUUCAAAUGGUGCAAAUGGUGACAAUACCAAAUGUUGUCUGCGUUGUCAAUUAAUUUUAAUGGGUUGUAAAACAGAGCAAAUAUUUGAACUGUUUAACACUUUUGAUUUAAAUUUUCAUGUAUGUUUAGCAACAGCUACCAAGUGAUGCAGCAACUUGAAGAUUGUCAUUGUUUCAAAUCACAAAUUUAAAUUCACAAAGUUGAUACAACUACUGUGUUCUAGUUGUCUGAACGUUGCUUUUUUGGUUGAUUAAACAUUUUAUAACUUG